UAUAGGAUCUCAGUGACACUUAUGAGUACGCGAGUUCAAAAGGGAAGUACGGUCUUUAGACCGGUCGCCAAAGCGCGACCUCGCGGUGUGGAAGCCAACGCACCGAAACAACUGGCUUCAAUCCCUGAAGCUCGUCCUCCAAUUCCGCCUCCGUCACAACAACAUGCUCCAACUGUGAUACCCGUGAUGCCCCCUUCUCCUCCAGUUGCAUCUCCUUCCAUGCCGCCGCCGGUCGUGGUUCCUGUCAGACUCCCUAUCUCUGCUGUGGAUGCUUCUCAGAGACCUGCAUUGCCUAUCAACACUCCAAUACCUCUUCCCACUACUCGAGAUCAUCAAGUGCAGAUUACUCAGCCUCUGCCGGCACUCCCUGUCAUUCAAGAACAUACUGUUUCAAUUAUCCCCCCGCCCGCGAAACCGGACUCAGAAGCAUCCAGCUCCCGAAAACGUAGGUCUCAAUCUCGUGCGUCUUCUGAAGGUUCGAAAAAAUAUCGUAAAACCCGUGCUCCUUCUUUGCCCUACGAUGCCAGUGUCGACCCUGGAGAAGAUUUAGAUCCGACUGUCGUGACUAUGGCUACAUUAUGUGAAGAUAGCGGCUGGGGACGUAUCAGUAGUAAAGCGGCUCAAAUCGUCGAUAACCAUUUGGCUUGGAAAAAAACCAACCGGGAAAAGAGAGCACGAAUGAGAGUUUCUAUGGAAGCGAGAAAGUAUGGCCGAAAUGAAGAUGAUACUACGCAACCCGACCACAGCCCCUCUGCUCCUGAUCAAAGCGCCGUCACAGAGGAGGUUGCGAUAAGUGCGGGACCCAGUUCUGUACCUAUGAACGGUGACCAGCAUGCGGUCAGAGAUACAAGUGGUAGCGGAUUUGACUAUUCGCAAGAUGUUGCUACCAGUCGAUAUAACGUUCAAAUCCGCAUCGGGCCCAAUGGAGAAACCAUUAUCGACGAAGAGUCUUUGUUUGUUGACAGGAAUGUUGGAGAUGAGACUGAAGACUACACUCAUGUCGAGGAGUCGGACGUCUCUAAAUUUGUGAAUUCUGGGACGUAUGGGAGGCGCUUCCGAGGUUCUCGCUGGAGUGCUGAAGAGACGGAGUUGUUCUAUGACGCGCUAUCGCAAUUUGGCGAGAACUACGAAUUAAUAUCUUAUGUGCUACCUGGUCGUGACCGCAAGUCAUGCAAGAACAAGUUCAAAGCUGAGGACAAGAAGAACUCUGCAAGAAUUAAUUACUGUUUGAAUAACCGUCAGCCGUAUGAUAUCCAAACUUUGUCCCGAAUGACGGGAAAGGACUUCAGCGGCCCAACUCCAGAGAUACGACCGCCGCCUGUGCUUACACUUGCUGAGCCUGAAGGGGAUGAAAGAGCAAUCUUAAAGAAACAGGCCCAGACCCCCGCUCUGGAAGAUGACGGGGAGAUUCUUGGCGAUAUAUCCAGUUACUUAUGAUUUUGUAAAGCUGUAAUAAUAAUUACAUUGGGUUGACGUCGGCCUUCUAUGGCUCAAUGAACUGCUCGGCUCACAAGCCGGGAUAG